AUGGCCGGCGACUUAUACGAGUACCGUUCCCGCUCUCGCCGACGCCGGGUUUCGGCCUCGGCGUCUUCGUCGGCAACGGCGGAGCCAUGGCCCAGGGUCGGGUUGCUCGCGGUAAACGCCCUCGCCUACGUCUGGUCCACGACCGUCAUGUGCGAGAUGCUGCACGCGCGGUACACGCACGUCAAGGCUGAGGAGCGGGAGCUUCAAGACCUCCUCAGGGGGUUGCGCGGGUGA